AUGUCUACCUCGCUCGAAACCGAUGACAAUAUUUGCCGGAGGUUUUUUCACUUCUUCGAAUCGAACAUUGGAAACCGAACUCCAUUCGUGAAAGGCCCGAUGAAGUGUUGCCCUAAAAACUGCGAAGGGUUAUGGGAUCCUUCAGCUUUCGAGGACGAGGCACCACCAGAUGUUCGUGCUGGCAUGAACCGAUUACAGAUUGUCAAACGGGUCUAUCAAGCUAUCAUCGGAGUUCAAAUUGAACCUUCUCUCUGGGAGCUACCCGAACAUAGCUUUCCGACUGCUGGAGCAUUUUCUGUGCAAGAACAUCUGCGACAGCGACAUUUCGUCAAAAAUAGGCGGGCUGAGCAUGCUCAGAGCAUGAGUUGA